GUGUGUGUGUGUGUGUGUGUGUGUGUGUGUGUGUGUGUGUGUGUGUGUGUGUGUCCUAACAUUUCUCUCGGUGUGGGUUCCCAUGGGUGGGAGCACACCCACCUAAGGAGGUCCAAAAUCCAAGUGGGGCCCAAAAUGGUGGACCCCACUCCGAUUUCAAUUAAAAUGAGCUCAGCAGCCUCCCCUGAUGCUACCAUUGCUUUUUUUUUCAUGUCAAAAAAUUGUCCCCUAAGGUAGCAAAAAGUGGGCAAGUGUGUAAAGGUGUGUAUCCUGCAGCCGACCGUAACCGGAAGUCAGGAUAUACACUUCCCGCAAAAUCUUAUACACACCGCGGGAGUCUGAAACCUUUGGCCAAUGACAUUGCUGCACUGAGGAAAACUACCGGAAGUUCACAACAAGAAGAAAACUACACGGAUUGAAGACAAAAAGACGACGGAGUGAUUGGAUUAUUUUGAAUAUUUUUACAUUUACCGACCUCUGCAUGCAGCAGAGCCAUUAUGUCCACAAGAAAGAGGAGGAAAAAGCCUAUAGAUGAUGCAAAGACACACAUCCUGUCCUGUACUGACAAGGUUGGGUUUAUGUCGAGAUACAUUGACGGUUACAAAGGAAGAGGAGUGUUUGCCACACCCCCCAAUGAACCAGGGGACUUCGUCUUGGAGUACAGGGGUAAACUCCUCACAAAGGAAGAAUGCGAGUCAAGACGAUACUCAGAGACUGAAAGCAAAUUUCUCUUUGGCUUUAAGUGGCAGAACCAUUGCUUAUGCCUGGAUGCAUCUGAAGAAGAUGGCUCUCUCGGAAGAUUGGUCAAUGACAACCACAAAAAUCCUAAUUGCGUUAUGAAAAAAAUCAUAGUUGACAACAAACCACAUUUGUGCCUUUUUUCUCUGAAGAAAAUAGAAAUAGGAGCUGAAAUUUAUUACAACUAUGGUGAUUCAAAAUGGCCUUGGCGCAGUAAGGUGGGAAAAAACAAGGCUCCUGCAGCAGCAAAAGAGAACCUAUUGGGUGGGGAAGGCCAGAUGAAAGGCCUUCAGACUCCUGCUGCAGCAGAAGAGAAUGAGGCCAGCCCUGUUCCUCAGAUGCUUAAUGAUGGACCAAUCCCAGAUGAGACCUACACACAGAUGAAAGGCCUUCAGACUCCUGCUGCAGCAGAAGAGAAUGAGGCCAGCCCUGUUCCUCAGAUGCUUAAUGAUGGACCAAUCCCAGAUGAGACCUACACACAGACCAUUCACAUGGAGGGACCUUUAGCAGAGGACAUUGAAGAUGUCUGUGUGCUAGGUGACAAGGGGUCAGACGAUGAGGUCAGCAUGUCAUCCAGGCAAGAAUGUACCUCCAUAUCAGAAAGUCAAAACCAAAGAGUGUCUGCAACAGAUGUCAGUAUGCCAGAAGAGGGGUCAGAACAUGAGGUCAGCAUGUCAUCCCUGCAAGAAUGUACCUCCACGCCACAAGUCCAAAACCAGACUGUCUCUGCAAAAAAGAGAGAAAAACAAACAGCUGUCAAGAGAAGCUGGACCCCAGAAGAGUGUGCUGCAGUGGACAAACAUUUGAGGAGAUUUAUCGUGAGGAGUCAAGUUCCUGGUAAAGAAGAGUGUCAGCGCUGUAUUACUGCUGCACCUGAAGCUCUCAGAAACAGAGACUGGAAAGCUGGUAAAUAUUAUGUUAAAAAUCGCAUUACAGCCCUGAGAAGAAAAGUAGUAUGAAAGCACCUAAUUGAACGGAGGUAAAAGCAAAACAUUGGAUGUCAAAAUGUUUUGUCCUUUGUUGUGUUUGUUGUUAAUUUUUGUUGUUUUUGUAAGGGUUUGCUCAGGUUUUAUGGCUGUUCCGUUGUGUACAAAUAAAAACAUUUCACAGGUUUUUUUUGUAUAUUUUUUACACCUGUAAUAACAAGGCAUUUUGAAUGCAGUCCAAUGAAACGCAUAAUUUCAAUGCCAAUGUAACAAAAAAUGUUGGGUUUGCAUAGAACUUCAAACUGAUAUUGUUAAAACAUUCAGUGGAGAUUAGAUUAAUGAUUUAAUAAUUAAAAAAAUCACAAGCAUAUGGCAUAAAAUGUAAUUAAAUUGGUCAUUUCAAUUUUGUUAUUAAACUGUCUUUGAAGCUGAA